AUGCGUGGUCAAGUAAGACGUUAUGUAGAAAAUUUCUCUUCAGCUCAACGCAUUCAUAUAUCUAAAGCUAUUGUUGAAGUUUUAGAACAUGUUCCCACUCCUCCUCGUUUACCAACGCCUGAAGUUCAUCCUAAUAAAACUAACAGUGAUUUAGAGACACAAGAACAAGGUAAAAUUAUAUUAUCGACAAAUAAUAGUCCUUCUUCAUCUGGUCCUGGUACACCGACACGUGAUGAAAUACCUCACUUUGAUGCACCAUUUAUCGCUGCUGCAAUGUUUGCUCAACAGCAACAGCAACAAAAUUCUAAUAUGAUGACAUCAUCCAGAGAAUCAACAGUUUCCACUGUAAUUGAUAAUCAAUUUCAGAUUCAUUCAUUUACAUCUCAUUCUGUACAACCAACAGGUUCAUUUAAUUCUAUUUCUAGUCAAUCAAAUCUUCAUUCAUCAUUACUUCGAUCUUCGCCUUCCUCUGUAUUACCAUCAUUAUCAGAACCAUUAGUUCAGCAAAAAAACUUAUCGUCAUUUUCUAAUAUAAUUGAAACUAAUCCUGAUAUACCUGAUGAUAAUGAUAUGGAUCCAACUAUGGAAGAUUUGUUUGAAGCUGAUUGUCAGCAACAACAAUCACAUACAAAUUCCUUAGAUGAAUAUGAUGUAAUGAAUCAUUCACCUCCACAAAUUACUAUGGACGUAUCACAACAGUUGAGUAAACAUUUUAAAUCGAAACCAUCUUUAGUAUUACAAGAGAUUGAAAAUGAUCCAUUAGAUUUUGAAGAAAAUUCAGAUCCGAUUACUGAACGUAGUGCAACUUAUUCAUCAUCAUCUUCACAGAUCCGUCAGUCUGGCUGUACUGGAAAAUCUGAUGUCGGCGAUGAUAAUGAUGAUAUUACUGUUCCAUAUAAUGACAACCACAUGAACAAAGGCUAUUGUUAUGAUGAUGACGAUGAUGGUGAGCCACCUAUACUUCCUGCUUCUCGUAUUGACUCUGUAACUAGUUUGAAACGUUGGCAUGAUACUGAAGUUAGUGAACUUAGAUCAACCUCUGAAGACUUGAAUAACAAACAAUUCAACAUACUUGCUGAUGAAGGAAGUCAUGAAAUUUCCAAGUCUUCUUCAGUUACGACGACUUCCAGUAGCCAUCGACCGAAACGCCCAGUUAAUGUAAACAAAUUAGAAGCGGAUAGGAAACGUUUAGAAGAGGAAGCAAUUAAAUAUAGACAGUUAAAAGCUGAGAGAAAACAUCAUCAACAACAACGAAAAGAGCAAUCUUCGAAUGAUUCAACGGGAAUUGAAUAA